GAGCGCAAGCGCAGCGCUAUAUUCGCCCACAACUUCACUUCGGUCAACUUCGUCAUUUAGUGGUGAUCGAAACUUCGAUGUGUGUGGAAGUGAAUUUUAACUUUUCUAACACAAUCUCACAAAAAUAACAAUAAUCAAGUAACUAAAGUACAAUUUCUUAUUUGAACGUGUUAGAACAAACUUUUAACGUGUCAUUAGUUAUUUAAAUAGUAUUCAAAAUGUGUGAUAAUAACAAUCCUUCAACGCAAAGUAUAGCGGACUACUUAGCUCAGUUGCUCAAAGACAGGAAGCAACUGGCUGCGUUCCCGAAUGUUUUCAUGCACAUGGAGCGACUUCUGGAUGAAGAAAUAGCAAAAGUACGAGCGAGUUUAUUUCAAAUAAAUGGAGUGAAGAAAGAACCACUUGUACUACCAGAGCCAGAAGGGAUGGUCACCACACUCACAGAAAAAGUAUACGUCCCUGUAAAAGAGCAUCCAGAUUUCAACUUCGUGGGAAGGAUCCUAGGACCCAGAGGUAUGACAGCAAAACAGUUAGAACAAGAGACAGGAUGCAAAAUAAUGGUCAGAGGAAAGGGAUCGAUGAGGGACAAGAAAAAGGAAGAUGCCAACAGGGGUAAACCAAAUUGGGAGCACUUAGCUGAUGAUCUCCAUGUACUGCUCACAGUGGAAGACACUGAGAACCGAGCGAAGAUCAAGCUCGCAAGAGCUGUAGAUGAAGUUAAGCGCCUGCUUGUACCCCAAGCCGAUGGUGAAGAUGAACUCAAGAAGCGCCAGCUGAUGGAGCUCGCCAUCAUAAACGGAACAUACCGCGACUCCAGUUCAAAGGUCUCCGUGCCAGUCAACGGUCAGUGCUUAAUAAUCGAUUUCGCAGCGGACGAAGAAUGGCGGCGCGUCGCGGCGGCGGCAGCGGAGACGCAGCGACUCCUCGCUCCGGGCGGCGGCGUGGCGGGCGUGGGAGGCGUGGCUUUGCGCACCCAAGCGCCUUUGGGAGCUCCCCUCAUUCUAUCGCCACGUAUGUCUGCGCCAGGAGCCCAGGCCGGGCUGCUCAACGGCACCGGAGCUGGUGCUGCGGCCGGCCUGCUGUCUCCAGGGGAGCCGGCACAUCAGCUCAUCUACGCGUCUCCAUACGACUACGCCAACUACGCCGCGCUGACCGCUGCAGCCAACCCGCUACUCACGACGGAGUACGCCGCCGCCGACCAUACGGCGUCCAGAUAUCUGCUAGCUGGCUUUUGACAUUGGCCGCAAUCGCAUCAGCCCACACUAAGAUACGACAGACGCCACGCAUCGUAUCAGCCUCCACAUCAUUAUUACCGUCCUUGAUUUGUAUUUCUUUAUGCGCUUCAGAUAUAUUUCUCAGGACGUCCUCUUUACAGUCAUAAUUAAAGCCAUUAUCAAUACGUAGCAUAAGAUUUAUGUGUUAAUUAAGAUUAGCUAAGCGUCAUACAUUUUUUGUACCUACGAAGUUAUUGUCUUAAUAUUUCGAAUAUUGUUUAUCGUCUACGACUGUUUUGUACAGUUUCACACAAAGUAUAUUUUGUUUUCGUACAGUCAAAGAUAUAUUAUUUAUUUUACGCAGAUAAUUUUAAUAUUUAUACAAAGUAUAAUUAUCGAAUAUUUAUUGAGAAUUCUAUAUUCUAUAUUACCGUUGCCUUGUGUUAGGGUUGAUGGCAGUUGAUAUCGUGAUUGUUUUAAGAUUUAUAGUUAGUAAAUUCUAACAGAAACUGCCGAUAGAACUCUUAUAAGUUACCGAUGUUUCGUAUACAAAGACGUAGAGAUUCGAAUAUUUAUUGACCUGCCUCGUUACUCAUUGUUCACUCAAACGGUUAUAUAAAAAUAUCCCAUCAUCUGUAGUUCUUGUGAUAACCCUUGCUUGUAACAUAACUAAUGUAUUAACAUUUUGUUAAUGUAGUUUCAAAAUGAUUGUCGUUUUCUUUCAAGUCAAAAAUUAUGCAAAUAAUUCAAAAGUGCAUGAGGUUUUUGUCUUUCUUGAAAUUUUAUUUUCCGUUGAGCACUUGUGAAUAACAACUCAGAUUUUGUAUAUUAACAGUAGUUUAUUCUCAAUAACGCAUUGAAUUGCAUCGAUUCAGCGAUUACAAGCAAAAGGGACCAAAUACAAAUUGAAUUACGAAAAACGAAUCACUCACAUGUUUAACUUAUUUAACAUAACUGACUAAAGUAAUAACUUUUUUUAUAAAAAUCGUAACGAAAUAAACUAUGAAACAUUCUUGGCGGUUUAAAAGUUUACGCGUUGUAACAGUAACAUUUCGACACGAUUCAUACGAAGUGUCACUGUUAAUAUGUGUCGAACCUAUUAGUUUAUUAGCCAUAUUAUAUUUAUAAACAUACCAUAGGCUAAGUAUUAUUAUUAUCUUAUAAAGAUUUUUAGUUAGGUUAGAAAAGAGUGAGCUUUAUGAAAAUAUUAUACACCCGUAUAUUAUUGCUUAGAUUUAUUUUAAAACAGUUAACACUGUAGAGUCAAAUUUUAUUUAAAGUGAAAUUAUUAAGCCAGCCAUCAACUGUACCUUUGAGGGCCGCGCGUCGCCCGACUUUAAAAUAUUUUAUUUUGUUAUUUUUCCAAAGCAAUAUAAUAGAUAUUAGAUUAUCUAUAGGUCUAAGCAUAAUAAUAGAAGUUAGUGUUACUGCCAAAAACAAAUUAUAUAUUAGUAUUAUGGACUCGAAAUUAGCGAGUAUUUGGCAGUGACGACUAGGCACUUGCGUUUGUUUAGAGGUAGGAAACGAAAACUUAUCUAUUUAUCUUCACGAAUGAGAUUAAACUUUCUUUCAGCAUUUAUAGAUCGGGCACCCAGUAAGCGUGUCGAAUCAUGUACGCCACGCCACGAAUCAGCUAAAUCACUAAUAUUGUUGCCAGGAUUCAUUUACAAAAUUGCGGAAUUAAAUUUAAAAAAAUAUCGGAUAGGUAAUCUAAACUGAGUAGUUAAAAUUCUACGUCCGUAGUCACGUUAAACUACUUUAUGUGGAACGAUACGAAAUAUUAUAGUAACUUCAUUGGUUAUUGCAUAUUUUAUUCAAUAUAGGCACAUUUGUAAUCAUUAUUUAGAAUUAAUUGGUAAUUCGUCGUCCCACUAUCGGGACGCUUGGCAACAAUGAUGACAAGUGAAUUUCUCUCUUGUAGAAGGUUUGGGUGCACCAGUGUCGGAGGAAGCUUUUAAUAGUGAGACACAGAUGUUAAAUGUGAGUGUGCCGCUAGGUGUGGUGAGACGGGCGAGCCGCGUGGCGGUCAGGGAGCACCCCUACCAGCGCACCGCCUUACCGGCGCCUUAACUCCCGCCAUUACGCCAUUACGCUCUCACGCCGCCAUUUUGUUUACAAGGUGAGGAGCGCGCGCACGCAUGUCGGCCGAUAUGUUUGCUUGCAUCCCACACGCGUAUUGUGUUGCACAUACGUUCGGAAUGUGGAGCUUUUUUAUUAUGUACGAUGUUAUUUUUGAUGCGUCUGAAUUAUUUGACAUUCAAAAUGACCGUUUUAUUAUUGCCCACGUGAAAUAUAACAUCAUUAUUCUCUUCAACUGAAUGCACUUUUAUAAAUAAACGUAGUAACGAAAGAUCCACGUUCCAACUGUAUUUUCCGUCAGUUCUUCCAGCAAUCAUAUACGUCCCGGUAUGCGUGGGUGCCUUUGCUUUACUGUCUCUCUGUGUCACUAUUUUUGUUUAUUUAUUAUAUGGUGUACUUAUUAGUUACGUGAACAUGUAUGAAGAUGAGAUGCUCUAUCACUCUUCAUGCCGGAUCUGAAGGGACACUGCAUAAUUUGAAAACUGUGAUUUUUAUAUUUCUUUUUUUUUUAUAGAUUUAUUAUUAGAUCUGUUACAUGUUGUGAUGCGAGGCAUUAUUAUAGAAACAGAAUACGCUUUGUAUUAUCUUUUAAUAAAACAAUUUCGUAUAUCAGCGUUACCAAAUUAUAAUGAUUUUUGUUUUUGUUUUGGAUGCUGUUGUUGCAAAUGUAAUCACAACAUGUGUCUUCGAACAAUCGUAAUAUUCUCGGGUAUCGUUACGUAUAUACUUGAGGGAAGAAGGAUUAAAUUCCGAUAUCUAUGUUAUUACUAAAUUUAGUUUUGCAUUCAGUUUGGCGCGUUAGUCGAUACUGCCAAUAGGCUCCACGGAGGUGCUAUUGCCGGGUUGUGAAAUCCUUCUUUCCUGAAUCUCGCCCAGUAUUAGUCAAA